UCUCCGCUCUCUCUGCCCGCCUCACUAGUUUUCCAGCAGGCUCGCACGGAGAGACGAGGGCUGCUCCCUUUCGCCUCAGCUCAGUCAGCUCCAGCACACACCGACUCCAUACAUUCCGCACCAUGGCUGCCACGGACGUAGACGUGUUUUCGAAUGAAGAAAAGCGUAACCUCAGUUUAGGUGGCCAUGUUGGUUUUGACAGUCUCCCAGACCAACUGGUCAGCAAAUCGGUCACACAGGGAUUUUGUUUCAACAUCCUGUGUGUAGGGGAGACCGGUAUUGGAAAAUCGACAUUAAUGAACACACUCUUUAACACCAUGUUCGAGAACGAAGAGGCGAGCCAUUACCAGAAUGGCGUGUAUCUGCGGCCUCGGACGUACGACCUGCAGGAAAGCAACGUCCACCUCAAACUGACGAUCGUCGACACUGUCGGCUUUGGUGAUCAGAUCAACAAAGAGGACAGUUACAAGCCCAUCGUUGACUACAUCGACACCCAGUUUGAAAACUAUCUCCAGGAAGAGCUGAAGAUCAAACGCUCGCUCUUUAACUACCACGACACCAGGAUCCACAUCUGCCUUUAUUUCAUCGCGCCGACAGGACACUCUCUCAAGUCUCUGGACCUCGUCACGAUGAAAAAACUGGACAGCAAGGUCAACAUAAUUCCCAUCAUUGCCAAAGCGGACACAAUCUCCAAGAGCGAACUCCAUAAAUUCAAAAUAAAGAUCAUGAGCGAGCUGGUGAGCAACGGCGUCCAGAUAUAUCAAUUCCCAACAGACGACGAAACCGUCAGUGAGAUCAAUUCCUCCAUGAAUGCCCAUCUGCCGUUUGCUGUGGUUGGGAGCGUGGAAGAGGUCAAAGUGGGGAACAAAACAGUGCGGGCCAGACAGUACCCCUGGGGUGUUGUGCAAGUCGAGAACGAGAGCCACUGCGACUUCGUAAAGCUGCGAGAGAUGCUGAUCAGAGUAAACAUGGAGGAUCUCAGGGAGCAGACGCACGCCCGCCACUACGAGCUGUACCGGCGCUGCAAGCUGGAGGAGAUGGGCUUCAAAGACACAGAUCCUGACAGCCAGCCGUUCAGUCUUCAGGAGACGUACGAGGCCAAGAGGAAAGAGUUCCUGGGCGACCUGCAGCGCAAAGAAGAAGAAAUGCGGCAGAUGUUUGUCAACAAAGUGAAAGAGACGGAAGCAGAGCUGAAAGAAAAGGAGAGAGAGCUGCAUGACAAGUUUGAGCAGCUGAAGCGGAUGCACCAGGAGGAGAAGAGGAAGGUGGAGGAGAAGCGGAGAGAUCUGGAGGAGGAGAUGAACGCCUUCAACAGGAAGAAGGUGGCAGCCGAGACGCUGUCCUUAUCUCAGCCCCUCAAGAAAGACAAGGACAAGAAAAAGUCGGUGAACACGGAGAACCAGUCGGGCGUCAACGCCUCCAACUCCAAGGUGAUGAUGGCCAAGGCCAGCGUGGAGCCCUUGAACUGCCAGAGCUGGUGGCAGGCCAUACAGUGCUGCACCUGCCUGGUCCACAACGCCACCUGGAGGUCCGGCGGGCUCUUCUGAUGUCUCGGCCCGGCGGCGGGGGGCGCGCCGGAACUGAGGCCGAUGGAUGGAAUGAGGUGGGGGUGGCCGGAGACGAGCAGGGCGUGAAACUGAGGCAGAGAAGCGGAGGUGGGGGGGAAAAGGGAGAGUGAGACCAAAACAGUUAAUCCAUCGUCACCGUUUAUCGCGUUUACCGAAAAACUUCAUCGUCACCCAGUCAGGAAUCUCCGCUCCUCCUUCAGUGUUCAGGUUUUACUAAUGAAGCCCCCCCCCUCUCCACCCCGCACCCGAGCCUGAGUGUUCAUCGUGACCUUGUUUGUAUCGUAACGUCCGUGCAGUGCUUUGGUGUUCCCAUCUGUGGGCAGAAACUAUCGAAACGAACCUGAGUGGGGGCUCAGUGGAGGGACAAAAAAAAAAAUUCUGGAUAUGUUGCACUUUAGUUACAUAAUUUCUUCAUCCUCAUGUGUCACGGGGAGAAAAAGACAGUUUGUCUUCUUCCUUCAUGGAGAACAGACAGUAGAGGCUGGAUUAAAGGGACCUUUUAUCCUUUAGUUUGAAUGAAGGAUGCU